AUGGGCAGCACUUCGGAAGAUGUUUACGACUACAUUAUUUGCGGAGGUGGUACAGCAGGAUGCGUUGUCGCUGGUCGUCUCGCUGAAAAUCCUGAUGUCAAGGUGCUAGUCCUUGAAGCUGGUCAACAUAACAAAGAUCUGGAGAACGUACAUAUGACGGGAGGAUGGUCAAAUAAUUUUGACUCGGAAACCGAUUGGAAUAUAGUCACAACGCCUAUGAAAGGAGUAGAUAACCGACAGGUGAAACUGAGCCGAGGUCGCUUUUUGGGAGGCUGCAGCGGAUGUAAUGGUACCCUGUGUGUGCGAGGUAGCAAGCAAGAUUAUGACGAUUGGGAGCUGGAAGGAUGGAGUGGAGAGGAAUUCUUUGCCGCAAUGAGAAAGGUAUAUUCUUCCCAGAGUAUACGGAACCUCAUACCAUACCUUGUUGACAACUGGUUCCAAGCCGACCCCCAGAGUCAUGGCUACAAUGGCCCUCUGCACACCGAGCCUCAUGAUCUCGCCCCAAUCUCGAAUCUUCUCAUAGACUCUCUUGUUUCGCAAGGAAUGCCUCUACAUCAUGAUAUGUUUAGCACCGGCGACGUUGCCCACGGAUGCGGCCAUGCACCUCGUACCGUGCAUAAGGGUAUCCGUGCUACGGCCGCAGAUUUUAUAACCAAGGAUUACAACCGCUCCAACGUUACUAUUCAAACCGAUACCACAGUCGACCGCAUAGUGUUGGAAGAGGGUGCAGCUGGGCUCCGGGCGACAGGUGUUCUGACUAGAUUGGCCGAUGGUACCACGCGCACCUUCCACGCGAGAAAGGAGGUUGUCGUUUCUAGUGGUGCUUAUUGCAGCCCUGCCGUGCUUAUGCGAUCUGGAAUCGGGGCACGGGAGGAGUUGGACAAGUUCGACAUUCCUUGCAAGGUUGACCUGCCUGGCGUGGGUAAAAACCUGAUGGAUCAUUUGAUCGUAUUUAUGUUCUACGAAACCGAAAAGGAAGGCUUGACAACUGACUGGCAUGUCUACCACGACGAUAAUAUGGAAAAGACCUACGCACAAUGGAAAGAACACAAGACCGGCUUCCUAUCGACAUUCCCCUUCGGCGCGUUCGCCUUCGCCCGCCUGGACGAGCGCCUCAAGGACGAACCAUUGUGGCGAGAUGCUCCCCGGGAACCUGGCCGUGACCCAAUGGGCUUAACGCCUCAACAGCCUAACAUCGAGUUCUUCACCACCGAGUGCUACGGUGGACCUAAACAGUACGACCAAUUCCCGGUCGACCACAAGCACGCAUUCUCGAUGAUCGCAGAGCUUUUCGCCCCGAAAUCUCGUGGCACCGUUACCUUGAAAUCCAAGGAUCCGCUGGAAAACCCCAUCGUUGACUGCAACUACUUGGCUGAUCCAAUGGACCUCCUGGUGCUGACGGAGGCAUGCCGCUUUGGCAACGAGGUUGUCAUGAAAGGAACUGGAACUAAAGAUAUCGUCAAGGGAUCCUGGCCUCCCAACCUGACCCAUCAUACCUACACGACUCGGGAGGAGUGGAUUCCAUAUGUCAAAGAACAUGCCACGACCUGCUACCAUGCCUCUGGAACCUGUGCGAUGGGCAAGGACGACAACCCCCUUGCUGUUCUAGAUAAUAAGCUAAGGGUCAAGGGAGUUGCUGGACUGCGCGUUGCGGACUGUAGUGUGAUGCCCACUUUGCACGGUGGACAUACCCAGAUGCCGGCAUAUGGGAUUGGGGAACGGUGUGCCGAUUUUAUCAAGGAAACUUGGUCUGGCCAAUCGAUCGCACGUCUCUAA